UCCCCUCGCCGAGCUGCUCACGGGUUCAUUCAACUGUUAAGCACCUCCCCGUCUCUCUAAAGGACAUUAUAAUGCAAGAAGCCCCCUUUUUAACCACAAACCGAAUUUUCUUUCAUUUAGGUGAUCUAUAUAUAUCUAUAUCGUAUAGCUUAUAGCUUAUAUCUAUUUUAAAUAACUUAAAGCCGCUAAAAUUUGGGGGGGAACAGCUUUCGCCCUGGAGCGGUGCGCGAUGCUGUCUCACGCCGACCUCCUGGACGCCAGGCUAGGUAUGAAAGAUGCCGCCGAGCUGCUGGGCCACCGGGAGGCGGUGAAGUGUAGGCUGGGCGUGGGGGGCUCCGACCCCGGGGGCCAUCCGGGGGACCUGGCGCCCAACUCGGACCCAGUCGAGGGAGCCACUCUGCUGCCCGGGGAGGACAUCACCACCGUGGGGUCCACCCCGGCUUCGCUGGCGGUGAGCGCCAAAGACCCGGACAAGCAGCCCGGGCCCCAGGGCGGCCCGAACCCCAGCCAAGCCGGCCAGCAACAGGGCCAGCAGAAGCAGAAGCGCCACCGGACGCGCUUCACCCCCGCACAGCUCAACGAGUUGGAGAGGAGCUUCGCCAAGACCCACUACCCCGACAUCUUCAUGCGCGAGGAGCUGGCGCUGCGCAUCGGGCUGACCGAGUCCCGAGUGCAGGUCUGGUUCCAGAACCGGCGCGCCAAGUGGAAGAAGCGCAAGAAGACCACCAACGUAUUCCGCGCGCCCGGCACGCUGCUGCCCACGCCAGGCCUGCCUCAGUUCCCCUCCGCCGCGGCCGCCGCAGCCGCAGCGAUGGGCGACAGCCUGUGCUCCUUCCACGCCAACGACACCCGCUGGGCGGCGGCCGCAAUGCCGGGCGUGUCGCAGCUGCCGCUGCCACCGGCGCUGGGCAGGCAGCAGGCCAUGGCGCAGUCGCUGUCGCAGUGCAGCCUGGCGGCCGGGCCGCCGCCCAACUCCAUGGGGCUGUCCAACAGCCUGGCAGGCUCCAACGGCGCCGGUCUGCAGUCGCACCUCUACCAGCCCGCCUUCCCCGGCAUGGUGCCCGCCUCCCUACCCGGCCCCAGCAAUGUGUCGGGGUCGCCCCAGCUCUGCAGCUCCCCGGACAGCAGCGACGUGUGGCGGGGCACGAGCAUUGCCUCCCUCCGCCGCAAGGCGCUAGAGCACACAGUCUCCAUGAGCUUCACCUAAUGCAGCGCGACCCCCAAGCCCGCGCACCCCACGCUCCCCACCCCGGGCCGUCCUCCGCCCCCGGCCCUC